UCUGGGGUCCCCCAGUGCUUGUCUGUCUGCGAGCUCGCGACUGCUUGGCGCAGCCUUCGGAGGCCGAGUGGAAGUGCCGGCAAUUGAUAGCUGCGCUGUUUGCAUAGCUGACCACCCACUGAAGCCAAGACACGUGAAACUACUGUCCACUAAAAUGGGCCUGAAAGUCACGUGGGACCCACCCAAAGAGGCUACCAGUAGACCUGUGGACCAUUACAACAUAGCCUAUGGGAAGUCCCUGAAAAGCCUCCAAUACAUCAAGGUGAAUGCGGACACCCUCUCCUUCCUCAUUGAGGAUGUGGAGCCGGGGGUAGUGUACUUUGUGCUGGUUACUGCAGAAAACCACAGAGGAGUGAGCCGUCCUGUGUACAGAGCUGAAAGCCUGCCGGGAGGUGAUUGGAUCAAGCCUGAUGGUUUUCCCAUUCAGGGUCCAGGACUGUUUAAUGAAAUCGUCACAGAAAAGGAAGUGCCCAACAAGCCCUUGCGGGUCCGAGUCCGAUCCUCAGAUGACCGGCUGUCUGUUGCGUGGAAGGCGCCACGCCUCUCUGGAGCCAAGAGUCCACGCAGAUCACGUGGCUUUCUGCUGGGCUACGGGGAAAGUGGCCGGAAGAUGAAGUAUGUUCCGUUGUCGAGAGACGAACGAACCCAUGAAAUUCAAAAGCUCGCCUCCGAGUCGGUGUACGUGGUUUCCCUGCAGUCCCUGAACGCGCAGGGAGGCAGCCAGCCGGUGUACCGCGCCGCGCUCACCAAGCGGAAGAUCUCAGAAGAGGACGAGCUGGAUGUCCCCGAAGACAUCACUGUCCGGGUGAUGUCCUCUCAGUCCGUGCUGGUCGCCUGGGUAGACCCUAUUCUGGAAAAGCAGAAGAAACCUGUUGUCUCGAGGCAGUACACCGUGCGCUACCGCGAGAAGGGCGAGCUGGCCCGAUGGGACUACAGACAGGUGUCCAACAGACGCGUGCUGGUCGAGCACCUCAUCCCCGACACCAUGUAUGAAUUUGCAGUCCGCAUUUCUCAGGGCGAGAGAGACGGCAAGUGGAGCACCUCCGUCUUCCAGCGGACACCGGAGUCUGCUCCCACCACGGCUCCUGGAAACCUCAACGUCUGGCCAGUCAACGGCAGGUCCACUGCUGUCACUGUGGCGUGGGACGCAUUGCCAGAGACGGAAGGGAGAGUGAAAGAAUACAUUCUUUCAUACGCCCCGGCUCUCAAACCAUUCGGAGCAAAGUCCCUCACCUAUCCCGGAGAGACGACUUCUGCCCUAGUGGAUGGCCUGCAGCCUGGGGAACGCUAUCUGUUCAAAAUCCGGGCCGCAAACAGGAGAGGAGUGGGGCCUCACUCCAAAGCCUUCAUUGUCGCUAUGCCAACAACCACAGCUGGGCCCAGUGAGCCCCGCGCUCCACAGAAAGCCGACGCAGACGACGACGCCUGGAAGCCUGAAAAAUCUGCUUCUCCCCAGAGCAGGACCAGCAAGAAUCCACUUCUUGAUUUAAAGAACAAAAUCCUGGCAGGUGGUGGGGUGUCGAGGAAACCCCUCCUGCGCCCCAAGUUGGACCUUCAGUCGACAGAAGUCUCUGAGGACGAGGAGCUGGAGUCCCCGACUCACCCAGCCACAGUGCUCUCGGGGACCCGAGACCAGAGGCCACCACCUGCUCCGCCCCUUCGGUCAGCUGCCGGCCGGACGCCAACGAGAGGCCGAACUGCGGGGGUGCCGAGGCGGCCUCCCAGUCCAGGGGCCUCAGCCCCCUCUGAGGACAGUGCUCGCCGCCCUUCGGGGGGACCCGCUACCCGCCUUCCCGCCCGCUCUGCUGACAAUGACUCUCUGGACCCCGAGGAGGAGGCUCCGGCUGCCCACUCAGUCCACCCCAAAACUGCCGGCUCCCCACAGCUGCCCCCGUCGCGGCCGGCCCUGUCCCCCAGCCGCCCCUGGGAGCCCAGAGGCUCCUCGAACCACGGCCCCAAGCCAGCCUUGCCUGCCCGGAGACCACCCCACGCGGGGAACGGGGUGCCCGAGGGGUCCCGGCCUCUCGCACCUGCCCCUGCAGGCUCUGCGCGUCUGUCCCCAAGAACACAGGCGUCCCAAGUUGGUGCUGAGGCAGAUGAGGAGCAGGAUGCUGAAGGCAGAGGGGGCCAGGGCGAAGCGGGGGCCCCUGUGUCCGGCCAUCUCAGUUUGCUCCGAAACAGACCCCUUGUGUCCCCGGGCAGACACCCCAGCAGGUUCAGCAACAGCCGGGGGCUUCGGCUCCAGCCCUCCAAUGCCCUGACACCCCCAGAGUCACCCCGGGCCACCUCCAGGGGGGCCUCUCACCCCGCUCCCGACCCCCGGCGGGGCUCAGGGACCCACGGAGAAGGCAAAGAAGAAGAAGAAGAAAAGCCCCUGGCAAGCACAGUGCUCAGGGACCACAUGCCCUCCUCCUCCAGGCAGCCGACCCACCGGGGCCUGGACCCUCUCAGGAGGACGCCCCUACGAGGGGUGAGCCCGCAGAGGCAGAACCCCAAGGCGGCCAGUUCCUGGGCAGACGCCAAGACCAGCGACGCUGAGCAGAGCACGGCAGAGCGUGUGGAGGGGGCCGCCCCCAAAACGCACCUGUACCCUGGCCAGGGGUCCUCCCCGCAUUCCCGCCACCAGCCGGGAUCCAGUUUGCCCAAAAGGGCACCAGACCAGAGCCCCCCUGAAAAGCAGCCCCCUGGUGCCCCAAGCCAGGCAGGGAGGCGCCCCUCCUUCUCCGACCCUUAUGCCUCGCGGGGCAGCCUCACCGCCAGCUCCCGCGGGGUGCUCCCCACCGCCCCCCAGAAUCAGCACAGGGAUGCUCAGAGCAGAGCGAGUGGAACCCAGGAGGACAGCAUGGAAGCGGAGGCUCAGGGGACCCGGGCCAAGGACGCCACCCCGAUGCUGCCCAAACAGCGCCAGGUGGAGGCAGGCGGCAGUCAUCUCCGCAGGCCCGUGGGCUCGUCCCUGAGGCCCAGCAGGCCAGGGUCCCCGCACCCCUCCACGCUCGCCAGGGGCUCGGGGAGAGGGGGCGCCCCGACGGCGGGGCAGAGCAGCGCGUCCAAAAGGGAGCCGCAGAGGUCCAAGUCACUGCAGUCAGUCGAGGAGGAGGAGGAGGAGGAGAAGGAGGAAGGGGAGGAGGAGGAGGACGCGCGCUUCUUCCCUCGCCGGAAGGGCGAGGACCCCGUGUCCUCCUCGGCGCCCAGGUGGCCCCCGUCCAGCCCCAGGGCCAGCGGCGUCGCAGAGGGACACGCGGCCCAGGGGGAGCGCGACGAGCGGGAUCCUGGACUGGAACGAGCGUCUCCCCGGGCCGGCCCCUCCGCCACAGCCCGCCCGUGGUCCACCACCCGCGCGCCCCCGGUCCACUCGUCCACCACCCCCAUGCUGUCCCUGCGCCAGCGCAUGAUGCACGCCCGGUUCCGGAACCCGCUCUCCCGCGCCCCCGUGAAACCCCCUCUCAGACAAGGUUAUAAUGGCAGACCCAAUGUAGAAGGGCACGCUGUCUCUAGUAGUAAUGGAAAACCAAGUGGACAAAGAAUUAUCAACGGCUCUCAUGGAACAAAGUGGGUGGUGGAUCUUGAUCGUGGGUUGGUAUUGAAUGCAGAAGGAAGGCAUCUCCAAGAUUCACAUGGAAACCCUCUUCGGGUUAAGCUAGGAGGAGAUGGCCGAACCAUCGUGGAUCUGGAAGGGACGCCCGUGGUGAGUCCCGAGGGCCUCCCCCUGUUUGGGCAGGGGCGGCACGGCCAACCCCUGGCCAGUGCCCAGGACAGACCCAUUUUGAGUCUUGGAGGAAAACCAUUGGUGGGCUUAGAGGUCACCAAAACCACCACACGUGCCCCCACCACCACCACCACCGUACCCACCACCACCACCACCACCACCGUACCCACCACCACCACCACCACGCCCCCCACCACGACUGUGCCUUCCACCACAAUGACCACCCGGAGGCCCAAGACUACCACCACACGCCGCACAACCACGACCACCACCCGGCGGCCCCCAACCACCACCCGGCGCCCUCCGACGACCACCACGCGUCGUACAACCACCACCACGCGCCGCACGACCACCACGCGCCGCACAACCACUGCACAGACCACCACCACCCCUGAGCCCACCACCCCCAGCCCCACCUGUCCCCCCGGGACCCUGGAACGGUAUGACGAAGAAGGCAACCUGAUCCUAGGCUCCAGAGGGGUCCCUGAGUGUGUCCCUGAAGAAGAUGAUUCCUCGGGGUUGGACUCAGCAGCACCCACCGAAGAACCUUACCUUGUCUACGACGAAGAUUAUGACAUUGGGACUUCGAGGAGGCCACCAGCCACUCCCAGGGCCCCCACCACUGCUGAUCUUCCCAGGAUCAUCUCUCCAGAAGGUUCCAUUAGUUCCUUUCCUGAAGAAGAGUUGGAUCUUGCUGGAAAGAAGAGAUUUGUUGCUCCGUAUGUGACCUAUCUGAGUAAAGACCCAUCAACUCCAUGUUCUCUGACUGACGCUCUGGAUCACUUCCAAGUGGAAAGCCUGGAUGAAAUCAUUCCAAAUGACCUGACAAAGACUGACCAGCCUCCUCAGCAUGCCCCCCGAAAUAUCACUGUGGUUGCUAUGGAAGGUUGCCACUCAUUCGUCAUUGUAGAUUGGGACAAGGCCAUCCCAGGAGAUGUAGUAACAGGCUACUUGGUGUACAGCGCAUCCUAUGAAGACUUCAUCAGGAACAAGUGGUCCACGCAGGCCUCCUCGGUCACUCACCUGCCCAUCGAGAACCUGAAGCCCAACACGAGGUAUUAUUUUAAAGUUCAAGCCAAAAACCCUCAUGGCUAUGGCCCCAUCAGCCCCUCUGUCUCCUUUGUUACUGAAUCAGACAAUCCUUUGCUUGUUGUGAGACCACCAGGUGGUGAGCCCAUCUGGAUCCCAUUUGCUUUCAAGCACGACCCUGGUGCCACCGAGUGCCACGGGCGCCAGUACGUGAAGAGGACCUGGUACAGGAAGUUUGUGGGCGUUGUUCUUUGCAAUUCUCUGCGGUAUAAAAUCUACCUCAGUGACAACCUCAAAGAUACAUUCUACAGCAUCGGAGACAGCUGGGGAAGAGGAGAAGACCACUGCCAGUUUGUGGAUUCACACCUCGAUGGAAGAACAGGGCCUCAGUCCUACAUAGAAGCCCUCCCUACCGUCCAAGGCUACUACCGCCAGUAUCGCCAGGAGCCCGUCAGCUUUGGCAACAUUGGAUUCGGCACUCCUUACUACUAUGCAGGCUGGUAUGAGUGUGGGGUCUCCAUCCCUGGCAAGUGGUAACCCCACCUGGUCACACCGGAAGCCCACCCUGCUUGGAUCCCUGUUCUCACUUGCCCUCAGGGCUGUGAACACUGUCCACCACAAGGACAGUGUCCCAACCUCCAUGGGCCCAAGGGUCAGCCUCAAGCUGGACACUGGACAUGUCAGACACCUUCUGCCUAGAACUCAGUCUUCCUGCCUGGACUUCACAUGGGACCCGCUGUUCUCUUCGCUUAUCCUUUGUUUGGUUUGUUGAUCUCAUCCUGGAGACCAUCACAGGGAUUCCCUCUGACUCAGAGCAAUUGUCACAAGUUUUGGGCACGGAACCCAGACCCUUCCAUCUCUUCUGGUAGCAGCAUCGUGUACAGUGCCUGUUUCAUGGAACCCUCCCAAUUUCUUCUUCCUCAUUGGGAUCCUCUUAAAAUAACCAAAUUUAAGCUUUGGGAUUCUCUAUGCAAUUGAACUAAACAACAGAACACACAACCAAAGAAAAUGUAUCUUACCUAAGAUUUCUCCCAUGGAUUACCCACCACUAGACCAAAUGUAUCAGAUCUUAUUUGUAAAUUCUCGAUUUUUGAGAUAUAUAUGUGUAUAUAUGCAUAUACAAUCCACACUCGUCUGCAGGAACAUUGAUUAAAAAUG